AUGUUUUUUACAAAGGCAAUAGUGCUCGCCUUAGGCCUAACUCUUUGUCUUGCUACACCCGACAUUAAAGAUGUUCGCUAUAACAAAGAAACUGAUACAUUUCUCAGAUUUGAAAAACAUAUAAAAUCAUAUGAAAGAUUCAAAAGAGCAGUAAACGAUGAUAACAAGACUCAGAAAAUUACAAACACAGAAGGUCCAGCUACUGAUAAUGUAACAGAAGAAUGUAUAGGACUAAAAGAGUAUUGCAAUUUGACAGAAGAAGAAUAUGUUAGGAUGUUGAAUGAAUACAUAUAUCCAAACACAUACGAAUGGAUACUAAUAGGCACUCAUACAAUAGUAUUCAUUAUUGGAUUAGUGGGAAAUGCUUUAGUGUGUGUGGCAGUAUAUAAAAACCAUUCUAUGAGAACUGUGACAAAUUACUUCAUAGUGAAUUUGGCUGUAGCUGAUUUCAUGGUGAUAUUAUUUUGUUUGCCUCCAACAGUUCUUUGGGAUGUAACGGAGACGUGGUUCUUUGGAAGUGCUUUGUGCAAAAUUCUGCUCUACUUCCAGUCUGUGUCCGUGACGGUGUCGGUGCUGACUCUGACGUUCAUAUCAGUGGACCGCUGGUACGCAAUCUGCUUCCCGCUCAAGUUCAAGUCGACUACGGGACGUGCAAAGACUGCUAUAUUUAUAAUUUGGGCCAUCUCACUUUCAUUUAAUGCACCAGAGUUGAUAGUUCUGACAACAGCAACUUCAGUACCUCUACGAUUUGGGCUCGAGUACUUAACGCAGUGUGUCGCUACCUGGUCAGAGAGGAGUGACCUGGUCUGGCACAUCAUCAAAGUGGUUCUUAUUUACACGCUACCGCUUCUGCUGAUGACUAUAGCGUACGUUCAAAUAGUGAAAGUGCUGUGGAGAUCAGAGAAGAUACCAGGGCAAGCAGAAACGGUUAAGUUAGCCUCAGCUGAACAGAGUCAAAUACGUUCUAGACGAAAGGCAGCUAAGAUGUUAGUGGCUGUUGUCAUCAUGUUCGCUGUCUGUUUUUUUCCUGUGCAUCUGCUGUCAGUACUCAGGUAUACUCUCGAUAUGGAGCAGACCGAUGUAGUUACCUGUCUCGCUCUAGUUGGUCACGUGAUGUGUUAUGCCAACUCAGCUAUUAACCCUCUGAUAUACAAUUUCAUGAGCGGUAAAUUUCGUCGAGAAUUCCGCCGCGCCUUCUUCUGUUCUACACCCACCAACUUGGAGAGUUUCACUACACUAACCCGUAAUACUACUAAGAAGCGACCUUGUGACCUGAUGACCUUCGAAAGUAAAGCACAAGGAAGAAAUAUUUGCAGCACAACAUUUAUUCAUAAUGACUAUAAGGAUAAGUAUUGUGAUUGUGUAGAAAAAUCCAAAGAAUUAAACUACAAUGAGUUAGAUGAACACAGUUUAGUCACAAAUGGGGAAUUGUUUCCUUAUGUAGCUGCUGUUAUGAAGAUGUCUACGUAUUUAAGUGCAGGCGCUUUAAUUUAUGAUGAGUGGGUGUUGACCGCUGCUGAUGCUUUAUUUCUAUUACGAGAAUCAUCAAGAACUCUUCGCGUGCGACUUGGCAGUAUUAACUACAAGAAAGGAGGCACAGUUCUUCCCGUCAAAUAUUUUGAGAUCCAUCCCAGCUUUGAUGACAAGAGUCCUAUUUUUGACAUAGCUUUAAUCAGGCUGCCACAUCCAGUCAGGUUUAUUCCUACCUUGAAGCCUAUCAGACUUCAGAAUAAUCACAAACAGCCUGACAACACACACUUUAUUGUUACUUCAUGGCCGAUGCCUUAUUCAUACUCCGAUGAGUCUGAAAGUUUGAAAUCCAUGGAGAUAAUUCAAAGACGGCGAAUCCUAUCAGUCACCCAUCUGCAUCCUUCUGAUCCUGAAGAUUGUGCUGAAGAGCUAAAAGACCUUGAUAUCAAUGACUUGCAGACUACAAUGUGUUUGGACACUGGAGUGAUGAUGGAUCCUUGUAUGAGAGAUGCUGGAGCACCAGUAGUGUUGAAUGCUGUUCUGUGGGGCAUAGUGUCUUCAUGGAGACCAGUCGACUGUGAAAACGAUUUAGCCGGACCUAGCUUCGUAUCUCUAGUGUCAUCACCAAAUAUUUCGUCGUGGAUAUAUGCCACUACUCGUGGACAGUCAUGGCAGAAGCCACAAUUUCACGGUUUAAUAUCUUUAAGUUAA